AUGGAAGGCUAUGAAGGAGGCUCAGAAUCUCGCUACGUUCGUCAACUCCUCAUCGGACCCCCUCAACUGCACUUGCAACACCAAACAACAACACAAUUACCAUCGGAUUCCAACGACUCUCCGGCGGCCGACAACAACAAUGAUGCUGCCACCACCAGCCCCGGCGGAGCAGCCACCUCUUCCCGCCGUUCCCGAGGCCGUCCUGCCGGCUCCAAGAACAAGCCCAAGCCUCCUAUAAUUGUCACUAGAGACAGCCCCAAUUCGUUCCGGUCUCAUGUACUCGAGGUCUCAGCCGGAGCAGACAUUGUGGAGAGCGUGUCCAAUUAUGCCAGGCGGAGGGGAAGAGGAGUGUGUGUUCUCAGCGGAGGUGGCACCGUGGCCAAUGUCACGCUCUGCCAGCAGGCUGCUCCUGCCGUUGUCACGCUGCACGGCCGCUUCGACAUUGUUUCACUCUCCGGAACCGUGCUUCCACCGCCAGCACCACCAGGGGCUGGUGGGCUGUCGAUAUUUUUAGCAGGGGGACAGGGACAGGUGGUUGGAGGGAGUGUGGUGGGUCCGUUGGUGGCUUCCGGUCCGGUGGUUCUGAUGGCUGCGUCUUUUGCAAAUGCGGUGUUGGAACGUUUGCCGUUGGAGGUGGAGGAGGAGGAAGAGGAGGGGGCUGUUCAGGUGCAACCUGCAGCGUCCCUAUCUUCGAGUGUGACCGUAGGUGGUGGUGGUGGUGGUGGUGGUGCAGGCGGCGGUGGCGCUAGCAGUAGCGGUGUUCCUUUCUUUAAUAUGGCAGCAAACAUGCCUAAUUAUCCCUUUUCAGGUGAUUUGUUAUGGUGGGGUAAUACUGGAAGUGCUACAAGGCCUCCAUUUUGAUGGUGCAUAUGAUUAAUUCUGAGUUAUUCUGGUUU